UAAAAGAGGUGGGUGGGACUUGUAGGUAGGUAUAGGUUGUGUUGAACACAGCGAAAGUAACGAAGUAGUAAUAUGUUUUUAUCUCAUGGUUUUUUUGUGAUGAGAUGAAGUUUUUUUUAUUGCGGCUGCAGUUUUGCUAAAGACAAGUGCUUAGCAAAAUGUCAUCACAAAGAGUUUUACCUCAGAGCAAAGAAACGCUGCUUCAGUCUUACAACAAGAGACUCAAGGAUGAUAUCCGAUCUAUUCUCGAUAAUUUUACAGAGAUCAUAAAAACUGCAAAGGUUGAAGAUGAAACCCAGGUUUCACGAGCCACCCAAGCAGAACAAGAACACUAUGAAAUGCAUGUGAGAGCAGCAAAUAUUGUGCGAGCCGGGGAAUCCCUGAUGAAGCUGGUGUCGGAUCUGAAGCAGUUUCUGAUCCUGAACGACUUCCCGUCUGUGAACGAGGCCAUAAACCAUCGGAAUCAGCAGCUGCACGCCCUGCAGGAAGAGUGUGAUAAGAAACUCACUAACCUGCGGGAUGAGAUCGCAAUCGACCUGUACGAGCUAGAGGAAGAAUAUUACUCCUCAAGCACCAGUCUGUGGGACAGCAGUGACGUGCCCUUGUGCGAGGCAUUCCAACGGCAGGACAGCCUGGUCUCUCCAGAAGGGAUUUCUGGAUCCAUGGGCACAGCGAGAGUCGGGGACAGCAGCGGAGUAGGGUCCCAGGGUUCCACACCAGAGCGCUUGAACGGACAUGGAGCAGGCACUUCAGAGCACGCAUGAACAGUCAGCGCGGCGAAAUGUAUACCAGGACUUCUUUUUUUAUUUCUCUUCCAGCCUCUGGCUUUCUGGCAGGUUGGGAAGCUGUUGUUCUAACACAUCUAGGAUCAUUUGAAGUUAUUGGUUUAGUACUUCGUACUUCCCCAUUCCCUGGUCUGACUGGAUACUGCUUUUAAAGGUUUGAUACCUUGACAUAUGAAAGUUCAGUUUUUUGCCUAUCAUUCGGCUACUUACUUCCAAGACUUUGACAUGCCCGCAUUAGGAUUGCACUUGCAUCUUAAACUGAACCUAUCGAGUACUAAUUACAAGUGUGAGGAACAGCAGUCUGAAACGUUUGUAAGUUUCCACAGGCUUUUCCAGAUUUAACUGUGUCAAAAAUUGCUGUCAGUGAGAUAAGGAGCCAGGUUGACCAUUUCAGGGUGAUUGCAUUAACUGACAUCCAUUAUUUCAGAAUGACUACUUUUCUAAACGUACAUCAUUUGUGUAUUUGUCUGUAUCAUGCUUUUUACAUUUAAGCUGAAGGUCUGGUACACACGCCUAGUAAGAAUUCUAAGGGUAUGUUUAAAAUAAUUAUUCUUUCAUUCUUCCAGUCAACAGCAGGACUCAUGUAGUCCAGUUUGAGAGAGGAGACUAGCAGACUAAUGUCUGAUUUAACUGUUACUGUAUACAAAAUAACUAUAUCAUUGCACUGGAAACAUUGUGUCACCUCAGGAGACUGUUAUAAUGAUGGGAGCAAGUGAAUGGUGACUGAACAAAUAGGGUAACAAUAGCACACAAAUGAAAUUCAACAAAGGUCCUACUUCAGACGUAUUUACAGGUAUUUGGCGUGGACUGUUUUGUGGCUGUUGCCCACUAUAUUUAGUUUGGGCUUAUGUACCAUCCGCACGAAAUUUACAUUUAGCAGUCCCAUGCUGUCUGUUUUCUGUACAGGUUGAUCCUAUAAGGUAUAGAUUCAGUUUGGUUCUGUAGGGAAAAAAGGGGUAAAACAAUGCUAAUGUAAUAUUGUUUAGUUCUUUGUCAAAAAGCACUGUAGUGUUAUUUUUUUUUAACCAUCCUGGUGUAUUAAGUUAUAAACUGAAAGUUAUCUGUCAACAUGCAUUGUUUGUGAUAGUAAUUACAUGGAAUUAAAAGUUGUUUCUUUCUUUAAACCUAUGUUUUCUUUAGAAAUGUCAAGUUACUUUUGCACAGUUAGAGGGAUUUUAUUUUUGGUCUAACCUUAAAACUUAAGCAGGUUGUGAUCAUACUGUUACGUGCUUCAGAUAAGGAAAUACAAACUACAUACAAAAUAAGAAUAACAAUUUUAUUUAAAAAAACGCCCUUGGAAUGGUCAUUGUUACUGUGUAACCUUGCCUUAAUAGACAUAUCUGGUAUGAAGCACAUAAGGACAUUUCAUUAAGAUAUUGAAAACAUCUUUGUGAAUCAAGUUUGUAUAAGAAUGUAGUAAUAUUACAAUACCAAGUCUUUCUCCCACAGAUUUUGUUUUAAUACAUACUGAGUAUCAACAACAAAAAAUGUUAUUGGUAAUCUUCUUUAUACUGUGUGUGUGAAGGGGGCUAAAAGAGUCACAAAACCAGACUUAGAUAUCCCGUAACUAC